GUAUUUCAUGUACCUCCACCCUCAUCUGCGUUGAUGGAUUAUGUUGACACCUUUCCGUCGUGACGGUCUGAAAUGGAGAGGGAGAGAAACUCCUGUCGCCUGCUCCAAAUCCCAACAACAGGGUGGGGCACUGCUGAGGUUCAUGUCUAAAAGGAGACUGCUGAUCGUCUCUACUUCAUCUGAGGAUGACUACUCCUUCCAACAGCAGCUCCAGGGGCUGAGAGGACAGGCCUGUCCUAUGGGGAAGAACCAAACUGAGAAGGAGCGUUUGUCAUGGGUUGUGGUCAACGGUCUCCGGGAUCAGCUGAAGCUCAACCGGGAGUACUUCAGUGUGGUGGGGAAGGACGGGGAUAUGAAUGUCUGGUUCCCCUCCCCAUGUGGUCUCUGGCCAACAUCUAUGACCUGGUGGCCUCCAUGGAGCUGCGGCAGCAAGAGGAGAAGCUGCAGAGGACUUUGGGUAUUCACUGUCCUGAGGAUACUGGCGGAAUUUACCAAGAUCGUGAUGAUGAAGCAGACGAGCGCUACUUUUACCACAGGUCAGAGGUCAGAGGAGUGAACGAGAGAAAACAGCCCAAAGACCUUAAAAACACCAUGGCAGCAAGCUCAAAUGAAUGUUUAAUGGUUGUGGGUAAAACA